AUGCGGAGUACUCGUCUUGUCAAAGCUCAACAGUUAGUUGAUGAGAUUGUUUCAUUGAUUUGGAGAUUGUGUAAAAGAAAUUCGGGGAAUGAAGCUUGGGAUAGGGAAGCACGUCGCGUGAUUAGAAGAAACUUAUCUGAUUAUUUCGGAGAUUUUCUUCCCAAGGAUAAUGAUAUUUAUUUCGGGCAUUAUCUGCAGGUAUUUUGUUGUUCUCAUGUACCAGCUUCUUUAGCAAUGUUAUAUAUGUCUCCUCAAAAUAUGAUAUUUGGCAAUGAGUUGAUUCAAGAGUUGAUUACGUUAAUUUCUUUACUGCCUCGACAUCUCUCCCUACAAUGUAUACCAAUAUAUUUAGAGAUUUGCAAGGCGUUGCGUGGGAUGCCAUAUUACCGCAACGAUGCUAUGUUUAACACGUGCCGAAGAUGUCUUAGUGACAUGGUCAAAUGUACCGAGAUGAAGACUGCACCGAAUGGAGCUGGCUAUGCUUAUCUUGUUAAUUUUAUAAAAGACAUGCAAACUUUUGUUGCAGACGCUGCCGAUGAGAUAGUUCAUUCUAUGGAUGCUGGUAUAGAACUGGAUACAAGGACGAGUCCCUCACAUCCUUUAUUGACUGAGGUUGUCUAUCUCAAAAACUUUCUGAUGCCUGUAGAAACAUUUAUUACAGAGGAGCUAUUCUUUAAGUUUCGAUACAGAAAGGUAUCUCAGGAUGGUCCUUAUCAAGAAUUUAGUAUCAUGUUUGAGACUUUCUUUAGGCUGCUGAACAAGAUGGAUUAUUGUCUUGAAGAACUGGAGAAGUUAUUGCCGACUAAGAGUGAAAAUCUUGGGUGCUACCAGUAUGUUGCAAUCAUAAUGGAGCUGAAUAAUAUGUCUAAGCACUUCCCAGACUUAGCAAAACAGUUUUGGACAACUUUGAGGAAUAGGAAGCUUUCUUUCAGCUAUUUAAUUAUUAAAUAUGCUAGCAAGGAGGAUGAUUAUGAAUGGAUUUCGGUGCAUAAAGAGGUGACAAAUUUUGAGUGCAGAAGGCAUUUGGCAAUGAUGUUACUUGCACGAGUUAGUGAUGAGGAUAACAACCUGAUCCAAGAGAUCAUGCUUAUUGACAGAUCACGAUUGUUGGAGGACUCUUUUGAAUACAUUGCACACUCUGAGGCUGAAACACUUCGAGCUAGUUUAGAUUUGCAGUUUAAAGAUGAGGAAGCUACUGGCCCUGGUGUUCUGAGGGAGUGGUUUGUCUUAGUUUGUCAAGCCAUAUUUGACCCUCGAAAUGCCCUCUUUGUAGCUUGUCCAAAUGAUCGUAGAAGGUUUUUUCCAAAUUCAGGUAAUCAGCUUGGUGCUUCUUCUGUCAUUCUACUUUGCCCUAUAUAUGAUUCAUAG